AUGAUGUAUACCGGCAGUUUCUUGGGUGUUUUUGGCAUGAUGAUGCUAAGUUUGGCACAUGACUACUAUGCGAUCUUCCUCAGUCAGGGAGUAUGCAUGGGUCUUGGUUUUGGUCUGUUGUAUGUGCCGAGUAUCACAUUGGUCAGUCGCUCUUUCACCUCACGACGAGCUGUUGCACUCGGCGUGUCGACUAGCGGAGCUCCUGCUGGCGGAAUCAUAUACACUGUUAUGUUCAAUCAACUGAUCUCCAAAUCCGGAUUCCCGUGGACGGUUCGUCUCAUGGGCUUCGUGAUGCUCGCUUUGUUCAUCGCUGCUGCGAUCCUCCUGUUACUUCCUGAGAGAGGUUCUCGCAAGCAUGAGAUCACACAAAGCAGAAGUCUUAUUGAUAUGGCGGCCUUCAGAGACCUUCCUUUCUGGAGCUUUACGGUCGCUAGCUUUUUUCUCUACCUUGGUUAUAUCACGCCUUUCUAUUACAUUCCGACUUAUGCGGAAACCAAGUUGGGGACAUCGCGUACCAUGGCCUCUAAUGUGCUGUUAAUAUCUCAGGCCUCGUCUGUUAUUGGUCGUGUCAUUUUGACCCUUUUUGCCCACUAUUGCGGGUCGAUGGUUGCCUGGAUAUCCUGCGGGAUACUUUCCGGCAUGUUAUGUCUGACUUGGAUCAGUACAGAUAGCUUGGCUCGAUUCAUUCUGUAUGCAGCUUUCUAUGGUAUGCCUCAUUUCAUUCUUCUUCUAUAUUCUGCCUUCAAUCUUCCACAAUCACUUACGCAAUCAGGUGGCAUUUCCGGGGCGUUGAUCCCUCUCCCACCCAGUGUCUUUGCUCACGUCUGCCCCGAUCCCAAGCGUCUCGGUACUUGGCUAGGAAUGGCACAAAGCUUGAGCAGUUUCGCAUCACUUCUCGGUCCACCCAUAGCAGGUGCACUUGCUUCAAUCAACUCCACCGGGAGCGCCGACUUGAACUUCCUUGGUAUUCAGUUGUUCAGUGGCAUCACGAUGGCAUUUGGUGCAUUCCAGUUGAUAGGGCUCUGGUACCUUCUUUACACCAGACGAGGCAAAAGAGGAUUCUUUUGA